AGUUGGGUUACCACGAGAUUCUCGAGAACCCGCUGUCGAAGCCAAGAGAAGGAGUGCCUAUUGCAUAUGGCAAGCCUACUACGAGGGGUUAGGUACAGUUGCCUGUGUGUAUUUAGGAAGAUCUUUUAAUGCUGGACUAAUAGAAAGUGUGCAGAGAAGCGUAUUUCAUGACGUAAGAGACGGAAAUCGUUUGCAAGACAAACCAGAAGGUUGAGUGAGAUGUAAAUAUGUGUUGAGGCCCUAGUGUUGCGAGAAUAACGUGCCAAGACGGCUGAGUAUGAUGAACGGAGCCCUCUAUGAGGACAGCACGAGCAGUCGGCCAACUCUGGACCCCGUGCCGCCAAGCCAGCCUAUUCAGCCUGCUCCUCUUCACAUUCCUGCCAAGAGAGUCACCAGUGGUUUGCCAGUAUCAUACACACAUCACGAGCACAGUGUGGAAAACACUGCCGCCGUGAUCCGACACGGGCAUGGUGGACAGCCCUGGUCUUACACCGCCGAAAACCACACAGCUUUCGACCCCCACCCUCAGUACAACCAGACUUUGUGUAAUGUCAGAGAGGCCGGAAUGGCUCCAACUUAUUACUACAAUGAACACGCCGUCAGAGCGGUGGGUACACCAGAUAGAAAACCUUCACUCAAGUUCUGGUCGAACACGUACGAAUUGGCGUCCCCGGGACCCAGCAGUGUGGCUCCUGCAGAUUCGUGCCAGAGUUUCGCUCCACAGACCUGGUGUAACUAUGCUCCGUAUCCUACCCGAGUGCCGGGCCACGUGGAGCCCCAUGCACCCCAGCACAUGCCAUAUCUCGCCAGCGAUGACCGAGGACGUGCGCCCAUGGACUUCCCCCACCCUGACAGCUACGGAUUUCGGGGUUUCGGCGGGACUGAAGGGCACGGACCGACACAUUAUAUUCCAGCAGGUGCUGUUCCGUUCACAGGAGAAUCUUUAAUGGCAAAUCCCUUGGACUGCACGGGGACGGUCACAGUCAGAAAAAAAAGAAAACCAUAUUCAAAAUUUCAAACGCUUGAAUUGGAAAAAGAAUUUCUCUUCAAUGCUUAUGUUUCGAAACAAAAACGAUGGGAACUUGCACGUAACUUAAACUUAACAGAACGACAAGUAAAAAUUUGGUUCCAGAACAGAAGAAUGAAGAGUAAAAAAAACGCCCAAAGAAGUGGAGACAGCCAGAAUAGCAACAACAUAAUUGCCAACAAUAACAACUCGGACCCGAUUUCUGCCAAAUAAAAUUUUAAUUAAUUGAACAUCUUAAGUCAGAAAUAUGAUUAUUGCCACUUCGAAAGAGCAGCUAUACUAGCAAAAAUAUUUAAAGAAACUAUAAUUGCUCAGAGAAAUAAUGUAAAACAACCUAACAAAUACUCGAAACCUGGCAAAAAACUAGAAGACUAUGGGACCUAAAGGCAGAUGCUAUCUUGAUGUGACCAAAUGUUUUCCGACUAAUUCAGCUAUUUAAUUGAAGCUAGCUUUCAAUUUGUUUUAAUUAUGUUUAAAACAACAACAACAACAAUAAUAAUAAAUACAGAUGAGCGCUAUAAUAGAGAACUGUUAAUUUACGGACUAUGUAUAGCCUCUACCCAAAGAUGAUUGCAUUCAACAAUCCGCUGACAAAAAUUUUUAAUAGUUUGGGGUUUCAAUGUUUUGUUGCUCUCGAUAUUAUACGAACAAAUCCACGUUCUGGGUUGUGAUAUUUGUAUUACCGUUAUGUACAGCCUACCUCAUGAGCCCUUACUAAAAAAAAAAAAUGGAAAAAAAGUUUAAAAAAUACAUUUUUGUUUUUGUUUAAGACGGUUA